AUGCUGCUGCUCCUGUAUUUCUUAACAAUUGUUGCAACGGCAAGAGCUCAAACCGACGGUAUCUGCCCGUCGUGCGCACUUGCUUCCCUUCAAGCGACGCGUGACUCCGCCCCCUCCACCAGUAACCCCUCCUCCUCCGUUCGUGACACUGCCCCCUCGGCCAAUGACCCCGCCCCUUCGCCAGACGUGGUGGAAGCUGUGAAGCGCCACAUCCUGUCCAUGCUACACCUGUCCGGACGACCCAACAUGACGCGGUCGGUGCCCCGAGCCGCGGUGCUCAACGCCAUCCGCAAGCUGCACGUGGGGCGUGUGGCAGACGAUGGCAGCGUGAGCAUCGAGGAGGGGGGCGGAACUACAGACGCACGCCACCGAGAGCCCGAGACGCAGGACACCACCGAAGUCAUCACCUUCGCCGAAACCGGAGGCCCUGGUGAUAUGGUGACCUUUGUGCUGUCGUCGGAGUGUGCUGGUCUGUCUCUGGUGGAGCAGGCGAAUGUUUGGCUGUUCCUGCGUCUGUCCAAGUCCAACCGAAGCCGCGCCAAAGUGACCAUCCGCCUGCACCAGCCGCGGCGCCGGCACGCGCGCACUGAGGCCGGUGAUGAUGUUCUGCUGGCGGAGAAGAAGGUGGACACGCGGCGCAGCGGCUGGCACACGUUCCCCGUGUCGGCCGCGGUGCAGAGGAUGCUGACUUCUGGUGGCCGGGAGUCCACACUGUCACUGCGCGUGUCCUGUCCGCUCUGCGCUGAUGCGGGCGCGACCCUUGCUCUGCUGUCGGACCGAGCACUUCCUGACAGAGCGACGCCCCGCGAGCAGUCGCACAGACCCUUCCUGAUGGCUGUGCUGCGGCAGGACGAGCGCUCCGAGGCCAAACGGCGCAACAAGCGCGGGUUAGAGUGUGACGGCAAGGUGCGCAUCUGCUGCAAGCGCCAGUUCUACGUCAACUUCAAGGACAUCGGCUGGAGCGACUGGAUCAUCGCUCCCUCUGGUUACCACGCCAACUACUGCGAGGGCGAGUGUCCGGCACAUGUGGCCAGCAUCCCAGGCUCUAGCCUCUCCUUUCACUCCACGGUGAUUGGACACUACCGCCUGCGCGGCUACAGCCCCUUCCAGAACCUGCGCUCGUGCUGCGUGCCCACGCGGCUGCGCGCCAUGUCCAUGCUCUACUACAAUGAGGAGCAGAAGAUCAUCAAGAAGGACAUCCAAAACAUGGUGGUGGACGAGUGUGGCUGCUCCUAG